AUGCAAGUCACUGAACCCCGGGGUCGAGCCACCUCGGCCGUGUCCAAUGCGGAGCUGCCCUUUAGCGAUGAGACGUCGCCGCAGGCGCUCUUGUCCAAUGAUGAAGCAUCGGAAACAGACCUGGAUUCUGAGACGGAAGAGCCAGAAGUGAAGAGCAAACGUCCUCCCGAGAACAGCUUUUCGCAGCAACGAUUGGCUGCCGUGAACCCUGUUUUUGGUGCGAAAACCGUCAUCCCGUUGCUCUUGGCGUUGGGUAUUAUCUUGGUGCCACUAGGCGUUGCAAUGUGGUAUGCCUCGGAGAAAACGCAGGACCUCCAGAUUGAAUACACCCAGUGUGAGAUCCAAGCCAACGGAGAUUACUGGACCCCUAUUCCACAAGAAUACGUGACUUACAAUGUAAGGAACACUUCAGCUAUUCCUUCUGCCAUGUGGAAGUUGCGUAGAGACACUUCGUUCCCAUGGCCUGAGGAGCAAAACGUGUGCGAGAUUCAGUUCGUGCUCGUGGACGACUUGGAUGGUCCGCUUCGAUUUUUCUACCGGUUGAAGAACUUCUACCAGAACCACAGAAGAUAUGCUAAGUCGUUCUCGGACGACCAGAUGUUGGGAAAAGCAGCAUCUGUCAGCGUAGUCAAGGAUACUGCAGGAAUCAACUGUGAGCCUAUUUCGACCGAUGCAGCCGGAAAAAUCAUCUACCCUUGUGGUCUCAUCGCCAAUUCGUUGUUCAAUGAUACAUUCAACCCAACCUUUUUGGGAGUCAACGGGACCAGCGAUGACUUCCAAAUGAGUGCCCAAAACAUUGCAUGGACAUCCAAUAGCAACAGAUUCAGAAAAACAAAGUAUAACCACACGCAGAUCGUGCCGCCGCCAAACUGGGCCAAGAUGUUCCCCGACGGUUACAAUGAAACAAACAUCCCCGAUAUUCUGACCUGGGAAGAGUUCCAGAACUGGAUGUACACCUCUGCCUUCCCAGACUUCCGCAAAUUGGCGUUGCAGAACACACAAGACAACAUGCCAGCUGGAAUCUACCAGGUGGAUAUUGGAUUGCACUUUCCUGUCCUUCCUUACAAGGGAGAAAAGUACUUCUUGUUGUCACAGUCAAGCGUCAUUGGCGGCAAAAACCCAUUUUUGGGCUAUGUCUGGAUAGCAACAGGAGGCGUGUGUCUUCUUUUGGGUAUUUUCGUGUUGAUCAUGAAGAUAGUCAGGCCCAGAAAGAGCGGAGACCCCAACUUGCUCAGUUGGAACAGGGAAGCUUUCAAGGCGGCCGAAAAGGAAGAAUAG